AUGGACAGACGAGGAAUGAAACAGCCUGUAGUUCGAAGUUUUAAGUCAAUUCUUCCACCAGCAACACGUGACAUUUACUAUAGAGAUGAAAUCGGUAAUAUAUCUACUUCCAGUGUUUAUCCUCGAAACGAUCGUGUUGAAGUUGAACUUCGUCCGCGUUUUCCUUUGUUUGGGGGUUGGCGGACAAACUAUGUUCUCGGGUAUAACAUUCCAAGUUCCUCAUUUUUGCACUCUUCUGGGUCAAAUUAUGCGCUUAGAAUGAAAAUGAUGGACAGACUUUUUGACAAUGCUGUUGUGCAAAAACUUCGUCUUAAAAUUAUUUUACCAGAAAUGAGCUCGAAUAUAAAAUUGGUUACGCCCUACUCUGUUAAACGUUUGCCUGACGAAACUUAUAAGACUUAUUUGGAUACAUUUGGCCGUCCUGUCGUAGUGAUUGAAAAGGAAAAUUUGAUAAACAACCAUAUCCAAACAUUUACGGCAAAUUACAAUGAAUUUAUAACAAAAAAUUAAAAUCUAUUUUUUUAGCUUUAUUAUGAAUUUGAUCGUAUUUAUUUAAUUCGGGAACCGCUAAUGGUGAUCUGUGCAUUUUUGUUGCUCUUUUUGAUUUCAAUUAUUUUGUUUCGUUUGGAUUUUAGUAUUGAAAGUGCGGAACGAAUAAAAGAAGUUGGUCAUGUGAAGA